CAGAAAAACAACUACACACACAACCAUUUUACAUAGAAAACAAAGGUGUCGUGUGAGUGAGCAUGGCCCAGGCCCAUCGUCCCGACAGGAUUGCUGUCCUGUCUCCUUUGGAGGAGUCUAGUGCGGAGGUCAGUAGAGAUAGCGGCAUCGUUUCUCUGAGCGCCAGCAGCUUGUCCAUGGUUAGCGAGGCCCUCAGCAGUGGGACUGUCUCUCAAAGCCCCAGCUUCGGCGCUGCGGUCUCUCAGAGUCCAAGCUUCAAUUCCGGGGAGCCCGUGCUAGAGUGCGUGGACGAGGAGAUCCUGAGACACACCGCUCAAAGUUACUCUGCGUACAUCAGAGCGAACGCAAGCGAUGAGAUCCUCAAUUUAGAGAAGAGUUUGGAGGAAAUGCUCACGAGAGUAGAUGAAUUUGUGGGAAUGCUUGACAUGAUCCGCAAUGAUACCUCACAAAUUGUCAACGAGAAUCUACCUCAAAUCCACAGAAAAUCAGAAGAGAUGAGACAGAUCUAUAGGAAGAUUGACAAGCUAGAAGCUUUUGUGAAGAUGGUCGGUGCUAAUGUGAACGCAAUGGAGGAGCAGGUAACACAGGCGGAAGGUGAAGUUGGGACUUUACCAGGAGCCUUUAAGAAAAUAUUCCGGACAAUGAGUGUUCCAGGAUUCUUGAAUAAACCAUCCAGCCCCAGAAGACCCCAGCAUCACAGCCAAGAGCUUCCUGCUGUGUUUCGCACUGAUGACUACUUCCCUCCUCAUACAGAUCACUCAGGGGGAGUGUAGACAUCUCACCUGUCCCUAAUGAUCAUUUGGAAUGGCUGGAGGGCCAUAGAGAGGAGUGACUUCAGCACAUAGCAACUGCUGUGGGAAGACCCCAUGGUGCUCCAGCCUAAAGAGCAAUAUGGACCCAGGCACAAGGCAUAUCUGGAUUUUUAUCUUUUGUGUCAGUUCAUUUACAACUUUGUAGCCAGAUUGUUCGUUGGUUGGUUGGUUUGUUUGUUUGUUUUUGUUUGUUUGUUUUUAAGAUGGAUGUCCAAGUGCCUCUUUCUGUUAAAUUAUCCGGUGUGUUUGACAGGGGGUUGGAGUUGAAACGUCUGACAUAAUGGAUACUGCAUACAAACUGCUGUUAAUAGAUUUAUACAAUAGUAGUAUUGCAUAUUGUACUUACAUUUACUUGCAUUAAGGAGAUUUGUGUUAAAAUGAUGUCUUAUAACUUAUACAUUUGUUGUUAAAUUUGCUAUGCAGUCACAAAUGACCAAAUGCUACUGAGAAUAUUUCUGUUCAUUUUUUGAAUAUGGACAACAUGACCUAACACAUUCUGUUUAUACCUCUAUUUGCCAGUUGUAAUAACAACAUAAUUGAAUUUAUUAAAGAAUGUUUUUAAGUAAA